AAAUGAAGAGAGGCGCCAGAUGGGAACCCUGUGGAAAAAGAUCAGGCARACCACAGAGUCUAAAAAGCUGUGGUUCAACACAAACGCUGAGGAGAGAAAGAUCAGCUUCUCUGAGGAGCACAGACCGCUCAGACUUCCCAUAAAGGAUCAGGAUCAGUCGRGCAGCGUAGCGGUUGUCCUUCCACAGAAACAAGCAGCUGAGCUCAUCGCUUCCACAGAAGAAGAAGUGGAAGUAAUUAAGUUUUACCUUGAAGCUCAGCCGGAGGCGAAGCAGAGUUUCAGGAUGCUGACCGAUGAAGUGUCCCAGAUUCAGGAGGUACGGUACUGUCUGAAGAGCCUGAGGGAGCAGAUGGCUGCCAGACAGAACAACAACAACAAUAAGUAUCCAGCUAAUGGCUUCAAAGUGAGCGCACCCCUCAGCCAAUCAGAUGUCUCCAACGAAAACAUCACUCAGCUCGAAGACAACCAGGAGGAGAGCACGAGGCUCAGGGAGGCCACCCGGCGUCUCUACGCGCAGCUGAAGGAGAUGGAGAAGCGGCAUCAGGAGGAACGGGACAGACUGGAGGCCGAGUCAAAGGAAUAUCGCCUCCGCCUCGCUGAGCAGUCAGAGCGACUGCAGGCAGCGGAGCGGCAGGCAGCGGAGAAAAGUGAACAGGUGGAGGAGCUGCAGAGGCUGCUGGGAAACAUGGUGAUUGAGAAUGGCCUUCUGAAAGACAAGAUGGCGGCGGGGGAGGCGGAGAUGCUGCAGAUAAAAGCAAACAGAGAAGAAGGGACAGAAAGUGAGACGAGAUGUGCAGAACUUGAGAAGGAGGUGGCUGCCCUGAAGGAGAAGAUUCACCACCUUGACGACAUGCUGAAGAGUCAGCAGAGGAAGAUCCGCCUCAUGAUUGAGCAGCUGCAGAACUCACGGAUAGUCCUCCAAGAGAGGGAUCGAGUCAUCGGAGACCUGAAGGAACGAGUGGCUUUCCUGGACGCUGAGAAUAAGGAAAUGCGAGACCACAUGGAGUACUUGCUAGCAGGUCAGGACCCCCCACCCUUGUCCAGCCUAAACAAGCCAGAGGUUGUUUACAGCAAACCGCUGACACCGACCUCACCGACCAACAAAGUCCUUCCGUUCAUCAAAGUGAUCGAGAUCAAGUCCUGAUGGGAUCAACGUUCGAAACAACCAGAAAACUAUUGUGUAAAUAUGUAUUUAUCCACCUGCUGGUAUAGAAACAGUGGACCUCGGCGAUUAAAAACAAACCUCAUAUUUUCCUUCACUGUUCACCUCCUUACCUAUGUGUGUACCUGUGUUGUAUACAAGAUCUUUGUGUCGAAAACAAAACAAUAAAACAGCACAAGAACUUGUAUAAACGAAGCAAAAUAACUCAUUUGCAAUGCAAAGAUUGUUCUGAAUUUCUUGGCUGUUUCACAAAGACACAGGUCUGUGCAGUUUGUUCUUUUGUCAACAAGCCUUCAGGAUACAGUAGCACAGUUCACUGAAGCUUCACGUUAACCUCAAGUUGCCUCUUGUACAGAAAAAUCAUUUUCAAUCACGGUAAUGAGCUGUUUUUCAUCACCGAGUGAAAGACAAGCUGUUAGGAAGCUGUCAUCAUUAAAGUGGGUUAAAAGUAAAAAUAAUCGUGUUCUGAAGGUCUUCAGCUCCUCCUCCUCCCACAAAGUUCCUUCAGGGGUCACGGUUGAAUUCCUGUGUUUUGCACCUCAUUGCAGGCUUGUCAUUAUGUCCCUGUGUAAAAACUUGAUUUUCUUUUAAAGUUGAUGCUUUUUUUGUGGAUCAGUGCAGAAAAAACAUCCAUAUUUAAUAAUAACAUUUUGACUUAUCCUAGAUUAUGCUAAAAACAAGAUUUGAGGCUUUUUUUUUUGUUAUCUAUAUUUAGUCCAGACCUGAUUGUGCAAAAAUGAUACAUAUUUAAUUACCGUGCUUUUAUUUAACUAAUCUCAUUUUAUAUUGUUUGUAUAAACUUUGUGGCUUUUUUUCUGUACAAAUUUCUGUUUUACUGUGAACUACAGCUAGAUACACUCAAGUCUUUAUUGUAGAUUUUAUUUAAAUAAUAAAAAAUUUAAUAAUCUGA